GCACUGCCUAGAGCCAUGGCCACAGCGAAGUGUCAGCACCAGCACCGAAGCUCAGAGCUGUCUUCACUGUCAGACAACAUCAAUAAUCCUGCUGAUAUCUCUGUCAUUGUCAUCUACUUUGUGGUGGUGAUGGCUGUUGGAGUGUGGGCAAUGGUGAAGACAAACCGAAGCAAUGUUGGAGGCUUUUUGGCUGGUCGAUCUAUGACUUGGUGGCCAAUGGGCGCCUCUCUGUUCGGGCCAGCAACAUUGGCAGUGGUCACUUGGGGCCUGGCUGGGACAGGUGCAGCUACAGGAAUCGUGAAAGGAGGAUUCAAAGCAAACAGAAGCAUAACAGUGUUAUUCCUUGGGUGGUUUUUUGUCCCCAUUUACAUCAAGGCUGGGGUGAUGACCAUGCCAGAAUAUCUCAGGAAGCGCUUCGGUGGCAAGAGGCUGCAGAUCUACCUCUCCGUCCUCUCCCUCUUCAUCUGCGUGAUACUGACGAUCUCAGCAGACAUAUUUUCUGGAGCCAUCUUCAUAAAGCUGGCUUUGGGGCUGGACCUCUACCUGGAUGAUCUUCAUCCUCUUGGCAUCACUGGCUUUCUCUCCCCAGGGGGCUUGGCCUCUGUGAUUUACACUGACACCCUCCAGGCCAUCAUCAUGUUGGUUGGAUCCUUCAUUCUCAUGAUAUACGCAUUUGUUGAAGUCGGAGGCUACGAGAGCUUUACAGAGAAGUACAUGAAUGCCAUCCCCUCUGUGGUGGAGGGGGACAACCUGACAAUCAGCCCCAAGUGCUACACCCCUCAGCCUGACUCCUUCCACAUCUUCCGAGACGCUGUUACUGGAGACAUCCCUUGGGGCGGGAAACGGCAUUUGGAAUGCCUAUUACAGCGCUGGUACUGGUGCACCUGGCAGGUCAUUGUACAGCGCUGCUUGUGUGGCAAGAACAUGUCCCACGUGAAGGCCGCCUGCAUCGUGUGUGGGUACCUGAAGCUGCUGCCCAUAUUCUUCAUGGUGAUGCCGGGGAUGAUCAGCCGCAUCCUGUACACAGAUAUGGUAGCCUGCGUUGUGCCUUCCGAGUGUGUGAAGCAGUGUGGCGUUGAUGUUGGCUGCACAAACUAUGCCUACCCGAUGCUGGUGCUGAAACUGAUGCCCAUGGGACUGCGAGGCCUGAUGCUGUCGGUCAUGUUGGCUUCUCUCAUGAGCUCCCUGACCUCCAUCUUCAAUAGCGCCAGCACCCUCUUCACCAUGGACCUCUACACCAAGAUAAGGAAGAAGGCAUCAGAGAGAGAGCUUCUCAUAGCUGGACGGCUGUUUGUCUCCGUGCUAAUUGUUACCAGCAUCUUGUGGGUCCCCAUCGUAGAAGUAUCUCAAGGUGGACAGCUGAUCCACUAUACAGAAGCAAUUUCCAGCUACCUUGGGCCCCCCAUUGCAGCCCUCUUCCUGGUCGCCAUCUUCUGCAAAAGAGUCAAUGAACAAGGAGCCUUCUGGGGCCUGAUGGUUGGACUGGUGCUGGGUCUUAUCCGUAUGAUCGCGGAGUUUUCUUACGGGACAGGGAGUUGCCUGGCUCCCAGCAGCUGUCCCAAGGUCAUCUGUGGAGUACACUACCUGUACUACGCCAUCAUCCUCUUUUUCGUGUCUAUACUGGUUAUCCUGGGAGUUUCCUACUUAACAAAACCCAUUCCCGAUGUGCAUCUGUAUCGCCUGUGCUGGAGUCUUCGGAACAGUGAGGAGGAAAGAAUCGAUUUAGACGCAGAAGACAGGGAGGAGAACGAGGCUGAUGCCAGGACUGAAGAAGACCAAACAGAGAAACCUCGUGGAUGUCUCAAGAAGACUUAUGACCUAUGCUGUGGUUUGCAAAGAGCGGAACCCAAGCUGACUAAAGAGGAGGAAGAAGCCCUGAAGAAGAAGCUGACAGACACAUCCGAGAAGCCCUUCUGGCGGACGGUCGUGAACGUCAAUGUCAUCGUCCUCUUGGCCGUGGCGGCCUUUUUCUAUGGCUAUUUUGCCUGA